CGGCACGGCGCGCAAGGGCUGCCGGGAGCCCGCCCCGCCAUGGCCGCCUGGGAGCCGGCGCUGCGCGAGCAGCUGCGCAAGUAUAAGUUCAGAGACCUGACCAUAGAAGAACUAAAGAAUGUUAACAAGACCUACCCAAACUUCACAUUCUCCAUGAACACAUACACCUUCAAAGAUGGAUCCCAGAAGGACCUCCUGAAUUUUAGUGGUACUGUUCCAGUGAAAUAUGGUAAUUCCUAUAACAUACCUAUUCGUCUGUGGAUUCUGGAUUCUCAUCCCUUUGCUCCCCCCAUUUGCUUCUUGAAGCCAACUGUGAACAUGGGCAUUUCAGUAGGAAAGCACGUUGAUGCUCGUGGCAGGAUUUAUUUGCCCUACCUGCAAAACUGGAGCCAUCCUAAAUCAACUAUCAUUGGAUUAAUCAAGGAAAUGAUUGCAAAAUUUGAGGAAGAGCUCCCUUUAUAUUCACUGUCAUCUUCUGAUGCAGCCAGGCAAUCAGAACUUCUCUCCUACAUUGCGAAGAUUACUGAAGGAGAGACAGAUGUGAAAUCAAAGAGUAAGAUUGGCGGAGGCAAAACUGAAGGAUGUUUUAACAAGAUUACUGUUGUUGGAGCUGGAGAUCUUGGCAUUGCCUGUGUGCUGGCAGUUGCAGCAAAGGGUGCUGCAGACAAAGUGGUUCUCUUGGAUCUUUCUGAAAGUGCAGCAAAAGGAGGGACUAUGGACUUGGAGAUCUUUGCUCUGCCAAAUGUGGAGAUCAGUAAAGAUUUUUCUGCCUCAGCUGAUUCAAAAGUUGUGGUACUCACUGUCAAUUCUCUGGGUAAUGCUCAGACUUACCUUGAUGUCAUACAGAGCAAUGUGGAUUUGUUCAGAGGAAUUAUCCCUACAGUAUCCCACUACAGUCCAAACUCUGUUCUCCUUGUCGCUUCUCACCCAGUUGAAGUAAUGACAUAUGUGUCAUGGAAGCUGAGUGCAUUUCCCAAAAGCAGGGUGAUUGGAGUAGGUGCCAACCUGGAUACAGAGAGAUUUCAGUAUAUACUGGCAAACCUUUUGAAAGCCCAGGUCCCAGCAAAAGAUGCUUGGAUUAUUGGUGAACAAGGGGAAGACAAAGUGCCAUCGUGGACCAAUUGUAAUUUAGCUGCAAACCAGACAGAAGCAGUGGCUGCUCGUAACUCAAGGAAGGCAGUGGCUAACAGAGCUAUGGAAGUUCUAAAGGGAAAGGGUCUGAGAUCUUGGUCUGUUGGGCUCUCUGUUGCUGAUUUGACUGACAGUAUACUGAAAGAUAAAGGAAAGGUUCAUUCUGUAUCCACUCUGGCAAAGGGAUGUUGCAGCAUUAACAGUGAAGUAUUCUUAAGUCUGCCAUGUGUUCUUGGAGCCAAUGGAGUGAUUGAAAUGGUUGAACUGGAUGAAGAUUCACUAGUGCAGGAGAAACUGCAGAGCAGUGCAGGAUCAAUCCAUGACCUCCAGCAGCAACUGAAAAUGUGAGCAAGCAGUGGCUUAGCCACGGGGUCUGCUCGCAGCGGUCAGAGAUCUGCUAUGCAGAAAUGCUUUCUUGGUACACAGGGAUUUACACAUAAAACGAGAAGGUGUUUUCCUUUCCUUCCAAAAAGUGCUAUCUCCAUUUGGGUUAAAUUAUUCAAUGCUGCACUGCAGACUAAUUUCUUAUUUGAAAGGUGCACUUUUGAUAGCCAAAAUGAGCAGGGUAAUGUGCAAGAGUGUUUUACCUAAACCCAGGUGGCUUUUGCUGGUAGCUUUUUGCUACUUGUACCUUAAUUCUUGGGUUUUGUUAACUCUUUGCAGCUCAUUAGGGAACAGACUAGCAGAGCAGCUUAUCCAGCUCUGCAGAAGCUCCAGUUGAACUCUUCUAGUUUUUACUUGCUGCUUUAGAGGCUUGCCCAGAAUAUGGUCACACUCAACUCCUCAAGGUGUGGGGAUCGCAAUUCCAUAGCUUGGUCUUUCAUGCUUAUCCUAGGUGCUCUUGUGUCAAUGGACUGUUGCUAAAAGCACAACAUUAACAGUAUCCAGACCUGAAGCACUGGAUAGGAAUUUUUGGUGUAUGUCCAAUGAUGUCUGAGAGUCUGGUCUUGAUUGUUUGCUCUUACUCUGUAAGGACGUUCAGAGUGCUCAAGCAUCUUCAGUUCCCAGUACACAAAUACUCUUAACCUGUGCAGCACUGGAGCAGUUGCUCUUCCUGAAAGGGAAAAGAUGGAGUUGGCUUCAGAGAAAGAGUGAAAUCUCAGAGUUGCCUCAUGCAGGAAUAACUGUGAGUUCAGGCCUUGAUCCAAGGCCAGCUGCUGUCCAUCAGCCAAAGGCGAACACAUCUACUUGAGAAAGUAACCUGUAUAGCCUCCUUGUGGCAGGCCAAGGAUGUGGUGGAAAAGCAAUGGCAAAGCAGGUAUUUUUAAGAUAAAGGCUUUUAGAGAGGUUCUGACUUCUUGAUUCACUGUGUUCAUAAAAGACUAUUCAUCCUGAUUGUACUUCAGCAUCACAAUGUAGGCAGAGAUGUGGGCUCCACCCCUGCUAUGUCAGCUUAGGAGCAUCAUUCCAUGGUUCUUUUGAGGUGUAACCUCAAAUGGAGGUUCCUAAGCAAAAAGCAGGAUCUGUGUUGGAGCAGAUCUGUUCCUUUGUGCCUUCCAGUUGUAUCUCUGAGUCAGACUAACAAGGAAUCCUGAGUUUAUAUUAUCUCAGAAUUAAGAUAAAAAUAGAAAGGAAAAAACCCUCAGUAAUUAAUUUUUUUUUCCUCUCAUGGACUACUCAAUUUUCCUUCUUUGUGGUUAGUGAUAGGACAAAAUGAGUGAUGGCUGCAGGUGACCAGCUUUGCAAAAAAAGCAACCAACAUAGUGGCUGGGCUUCAGUUUGGACUUUUUUUCCUCUUGCUCCGUGACAAACACAAUGAAAUUAUGGCUUUACUUUGUUUUUCAAGGUGUUUUAAGUGUUUCAUCUGGUAUUCUGGUUUGGGGAGAGUUUGUUUAAAUGCAUAGUUUUAACCGUAAAAAGCUGCAACUUCCUCCAGGGGUGUUAGCUUGUCGAUGAUGCUGUCAAGUGAGUAAAUGUGGCUCAGCGUUCCCGUUUGUGUCAUAUUCCUUGAAAAACAACCAAAGGACUGUCUGAGCUCAUUCACUGUGGUGGGAAACGGCACUUUACGUUCGCACGGGAAAUUAACUCCCAGCAAUAAACUGCGCUGCAAACAGA